AUGCGACUUGAUCACACCACGAUUCUGUGGCAAGCGCUGGCAACCGCGACUCGCCAGAAACAGUACUGGGUUCGAGCGACGUCCCGGCGACUGCUGGAAGAUCUGGCCACAGCAUGCAACUGCACGGGCAAGAAGGUCCUGGCAGCACGUCGCAUCGAGGUCAGCAGCACCUGGAAUCGCUACGUUCGUUUCAAAUUAAGGUUGAAGGAAGAGCUGUCGCAACUGGGUCUGCCUGCCUUUGCAUCUGCCCAAUUACUGGAGGGCAAGAUGGAACGCGGAGAGAUCUUGACAUAUACCUAUCUCAAGAACCUCUACGGCCAAGGUGUGCAGACGACCAUCUCUGUGGAUGGCCUGGAGGAUGCGAUUCAGGAGCAUCUUCUAUGGCAUGGAACUUCCAAAGAAGCAGCAGAGGCCAUUGUAAGGUCCGACUUUAGAAUUCCGGAGGACGCCAAGCACGGCUUCCGCUUUGGAAGUGGCCUUUACUUUGCAGAGGAUCUCAGCAAAAGCUUAAGCUAUGCACCAUUAGAGAGGGGCUCUGAUGGUGGCAAGUCCUCUCAGUUUGUGCUCCUCUGUCGAGUGCUUUGCGGUCAGAUGCACUACACGGAUCACAUGUCCGACGGCAUGGCGACGGCGCACGCCAAACAGGUGUGGAAGCAUGCAGUCCUGGCAAACCCGUCGUCCAAAGGACCACGGGAGUUCAUUGUCCUUUCCGAGAUGCAGGUCUAUCCCGAAUAUUUGGUGGAGCUAGCCCCAAAGGGGUCUAUGGAACCAUGAUGCUGAUCCUUUGGAUCCUGCAACCGAUGUCAGUGAUUUUUGUUGUCAGAUAUCCAUGGAAUUCCAUGGACAUCAUAUUUUUGACAUUUUUUGACUGUUUA